CUCAAGUAUGUCUGUGGAGCGAUCGGAGUCAAAGAAUCCUAUAUGUUUUCAUCUUUUUAAUUGUGACAAAACGUAUAAUCUAGAUGUCGUUAGUAACUUACUGAGCGCUGUCAAUGAGAAAUCCACUGGCCUUGACAUAGACUCGAAACAGAAGUACUUUCGUCUCCCCGAAAUGUCCAACCUGUGCGAUACUAUAAGGUCCGGGCCGGCCAUGGAUUUUGCCAUCUUUGCCGUCAAUGCGAACGAAUCACGGCUGUCCAUUAAUGAACAGAACGCCGGAAUAGGUUACGGAAAGUUUUUCAAGGCUCUAUUAAAGGCAACAGGUGAACGAGUGAUUGUGGUUAUUGGUGGAGACGAUAAUUAUAGAGAUGCUGCUGCAGAAGACACAUCUCUCCUUUCACGCUGGGCGCGAAGAAAGGUUUCAUCCCAGUUCAACGAAGAAUUCAUGGAUGGAAGCAAGGGCUUCAUUUUUUCUUGGAACAAAGCUCACAGAGUGAUUCACGAAGAGGCUCUGAAACAUUUCCUCGAUCCUAGCAAGAAGGAUCACAAAUUUGUCUUACAGAAAAAAGAUGAAUCAGUAACGUAUUUCAAGUCCUCUGAUCGGAAAGAGAGGGUAACGAGUGGAACUGUAACAGUUGUCUCUGAGAAAGCUGAAUCUCAUGAUCAAAUGAGCAGGAAUACCACUGCAUCAAACAAUACACAAGGGAACUUCUUGGAAAUGGAAAAUGAGAAACCCCCUGAGGGAUUUCCACUCGACGCUAGGCCCAGGCCCAAGCAGGACUCUUUACUUCAGUCUUGUGCAUCUACUGACGCUGAUACGCGUGACUUUGACGAGAAACCUACAGAUAUGAGCAAUAUAGAGUCAGAAAAAAGGAUGGGAGCAGCUUGUCGGGAAUCCUUUGAUUCCAUGAACACAAAACCAUUAUCACCAAUGAAAAAGGUACUGAUCCUUGGUUGGAACCAGUCUGAUAUACGUUUGGUGAAAGAAUUGUUUGCUGAUGAUGUUCUUAGCAAGGUUUUUAUCUUCAGCGGGUCUCCUGAUGAUCUCGGGAGCGAUUCAUCAAUCUUCACUGGCCCUCUAAAAUCCUGUUUCAUUGUGGUAGAAGCCAGAAUCCUAAAGGAUGAACUUCAAUUCAAAUCACAAACAAAAUCAUAUAAAUGCAUGUUGGAAUCGGCGAAAAGAAAUGUAGGCGGAAAAAUUGUCGUAAUUAUCAGCGACCGUAACAGUAACAUGUCACCGAAUGAGGAAAACUUAAUUACAUCAAGAAUCAAGGAACUUCUUGACGACAAGGGCGUUAUUUUUUGGUGGAAGGGGAACAACCCGCAAAAGCAAACUCCAAAACGCUCGUGGUCACUUAGACGGAAAAGAGCUCAAAAAGAUAAUGAUGGUGCAGCAGCCACAGUAUCGGAAACUAAGGAACGUCAUCUGUGCCCCGAUGACUUUACCCUCCUUUUUAAGGCCCGCCUACGCUAUGGUGAGAUUUCUCUUCAAGAUGAAAAUGAGAAGUUCGAUGAAGAUAUGCUUCCCUCAGAGAUCAAGGAAAACUUGAGGACAAAAUGGCAAUCGACUGCCGAUGCAGAAUUGCUAGUUUUUCGGGAAAAAAUAACUGGUGACUAUCGAACUAUUGUUAAUCCCACUGCAAUUUCCCCAGUAAGUAAGGUGUACGAGAUGUUCUUCACAACUUGAAUAAAUCUCUUUCGUCGGCUAUAAAAAAUAAACCUGAAAAUACAACUGAUCAUGCGAUAUGAGUGUAUUUGGAUAAUGUGUAAAAGAGUAGCAUCCAUUGCUGUCAGUCACUAAGUCUUUUGGUUGGAUGUUAUCAUUGGUACAUCUUAAUUAGUUCAGUUUUGCUACCAGAAAUAUGACUGUUGUUGAGAUUGUAAAUUGCAUAAUGUCGAGCAAUAUCUACAUUUUCUCUUUAAUUCUUCAGGAAUUUCCACCCAGUUUAUUUAAAAAUUCUUAACUGGCGGUCAUCUUUGAUUACAGCAGUACAGAGCCAUUUUUUUGAAGGUCAAAAUGAAGCGUAAAAGUUUAUCUAGGGUACAACAUAAAAGAAAAAGUUAUGUAAUUAAAACAAGA